AUGGCAACUUUUAGUCUUGUUUCCAAGCGGCCACUGAUCACACUGCCGUUCCUUCUGCCAUCUAGCUGCGAGUCCGUCGCUCUAGAACUGCGACGAAGUCAAUCCACGUACAGACGCACAAAACAACGUCUACGUGUUAAGCCGGAUGCAUCAUUUGGCUUCACCUCAAACCGAUCGCAGGAUCACAUAAUUUUCAAUCCUCCGUCGAGCGCUCCGUCUGUUUAUCAUACGCCAACAAAAUUUCUCCCUGCCGAUGACAUCCGGAAGACUCUUCGCACCAGCGCGUCUACAAAUCACGAACGGCCCGAGGAGCUCCCAACUGUAUACAAAUCACCAACUGAGAAGAAAUAUCACCUGACGCCGUCCGACAUAGAAGAAAUUCGCAAACUUCGGCUUACCGAUCCAAUGACUUGGAGCAGAUGGAAACUGGCCAAACGCUUCGACUGUUCUCCCAUGUUCAUCGGUAUGGUGUGCGAAGCCAGUCCUCAAAAGAAGGAAAUUCAGAAGCAGGUCCUGGAAGCCGUCCAGUCGAGAUGGGGCACAAAGAGACGGAUGGCUAGAGAAGACCGUCAGCUGCGGAAGGAAUCCUGGGGAAAGGAUGAAUGA